GCAGACACCUCUAAAUAUUUUCUUUAUUUUGUAUUUAAUUUGUUUAAAUAAUAAUUUGACAUAUUUUGAGUGUUUGGAGCUAUAUGAUAAUGUUCCGGUUUGGUAUAAGGUGGGACUCUUAUUUUGAAAAGCGGCAGCAUCCAUUGCAGUCACGGUUGUGAAAAGCAUAUCUGCAUUACGGUUCAUCAGCUCCUAAAGUUUUAUAUUUUGUUAGCACCCCCCUAAAGGGCAUAAGCUCUUACGGUGAUCUGUUGGAGUUAUCAAGGCUCAAUAAACUUCAUUAAGACCAUCAGUAAAGUUUUGACCGUUAUUAGGAUGGGGUCCGCUACAGUAAGAGCUUCACCCUCGCUGUUUCUGACGCCGCUGCACGUGCUUCAAAAAAGACGACGGUAAAUGGAACGCAGCCACGCGGAAUCGGCGUAAUGGUUAACGGAGUUUAAAAGGCAUGAAAAAGUGAGCUCAUUAUGGAAACGGACACGGAAAAACAACGGCCUAAAGGCACAUCUCAAACAGAAACGGACGGCAAAGGAGAGAAUGAUGCAGAAGGAGCUGUUAAAGGUAAAGAUAAAAAUGAAUCUGAGCAACAAAGUGAAGUGCAAGAUAGUGCAGAGCUCCCUCGACGUUCAGAACGUCAUCAUGUUCCCACAGAAAAAAUACUUGCAUAUAGAAAGGAGGAAUGCAGUAAGAAAGAGAAAAGAUUAAUCAAUAUGUAUGAAGAAUGGAAAUUACAAGCACGCAAAGCAAGACAUGACUUAAAAUCAGACAUUUCAGAAAUACAGUUAGCAGAAAUUGCAGACUCUCUGGAGGAUAAAAUGAACUGCAUCAUGAAAAUCUUUAGUGAAAUAAGGGAGCAUAUUACACCUGCUGCUGAUUUAAGACGUAAAAUUGAUGCAUGUGAGGCUGUUACCAAAGAUAUCAUGAAAGUUAUUUUGGAAAGAUUGGCAACAGUUGAUGGUGAGUUUGAUGAAGACAGAGAAAGAGGCCGUCUUCGUGAACUUUUAGCACAUAGUUAUGCUCGUUCUGUAUAUGGCUCAACUGCUUCAAAAGGUAUCAGCAGCCAUUCUGGAUCAUCUUGUACAACAGACAAACGAGCAGAUGCUGUAGCAGAGCUGGUUGCUAAGGAGACUGAAUAUAAAAUAAUGCAACUUGAAAGGCAACAAAAGGAAAAAAUAAGAUGUCUAGAAGAGCAACUAAGGAUAGAGGAGGAAACUCAUAGGUUUGAAAUAGAAAGAUUAAGGAUGGAAAAGGAUUUAAAGGUUGCUCGUGCCAAAGUAAAUUCAUAUGAUGAUGAAGUAAAACAAGAGAUAAAUAGUCAGUCAAUCCUGAAUGAACAUGAAAGUCAGAGAAACUUACUCUCUUCAGUGACACAUCAACAAGAGAAUGUUGUACAAUCAGCACAUCUUAGUGAAGUGACUCAACUUGCACAAGCAGUUCAGGACAGCAUAGCAAUCAAUAGACUUCCUAUACCUGAGCCUACAGUGUUUAAUGGAGACCCAAUUCAGUUCGUGGAAUGGAAAUCCUCAUUUAUGUCACUCAUAGACAAAAAAGGCAUCUCCACAGCUGAUAAACUCUAUUAUUUGAAAAAAUAUGUGAGUGGACCAGCACACAAAUAUCUAGAGGGCACUUUCUAUCGAAGUGAUGAGGCAGCUUACAAAGAAGCGUGGAACAAACUAAACCAGAGAUUUGGCCAGCCUUUCAUAAAUCAAAGAGCUUUUAGGGAAAAGCUGUCGACGUGGCCCAAAAUACGAUCUAAAGAUGCAGAAGGAUUAAGGACAUUUUCAGAUUUCCUAAAUGCCUGUCUUCAUGCUGUACCUCAUGUCAAAGGCCUGGAAAUAUUAAACGACUGUGAGGAAAACCAAAAGCUGGUACAAAAACUUCCUGACUGGAUAGCAUCCAGGUGGAACCGUCAGGUUACAGUUUCCCUCAUGGAAGGUAAAGAUUUUCCAAGCUUUAAAGAUUUUGCUGAGUUUAUGUCUACUGAAGCAGAAAUUGUAUGUAAUCCCAUCACUUCUCUACAUGCUCUUCAUUCACGUGAACUGCCUUCUGAAAAGGUAAUGUCAAAGGAAAUGAGAAGAAAUAAAGCAGUUGUUUUCCAUACUCAGUCCUCUGUAAAUAAUGACAAAACUCUCACAGCUAAAGGACAGUCAAGAGCUACAUGCAUGUUGUGUCAUGAUGAUAAUCAUCAGCUUUGCAAAUGUCCAAAAUUCAUGGAGAUGUCUCUGAAAGACAGAAGGGUCUAUGUCAAAGACAAUAAACUGUGUUACGGCUGUAUGAAACCAGGACAUAGUGCAAAGGAGUGUCGUCGUCGUCACACAUGUGAUGUUUGUAAAUUACGACAUCCCACAUGUCUUCAUGAUUACAAUUAUGUGACUAAUGCAAACAGAGAAAGAUCACUGCCCACGGUGAGAGAUGUGUAUGCACAGGAAAGAGAAACUACUAAUGCCAUGUCACUUAAUGUCACAAGUGAAGAUCAAUCAAUCACUACUUCAAUGAUUGUACCAGUAUGGGUGUCAUCUUGUAAAAAUCCAUCUAAAGAACAACUUGUAUAUGCUUUGUUAGACACUCAAAGUGACACCAGUUUUAUUGAUGAAGCAGUGAGUAAUGAGUUACAAGUAGAUACUCACCCAGUAAAACUCAAGCUUACCACUAUGCUGGGAGACAAUAUGGUCAUAAAAAGCAACAGAGUAUCAGAUCUUCGUGUGAGAGGAUACAAUUCUUCAGUGCAUAUCGAUCUUCCUCCUACAUACACGAAAGAGUGCAUUCCUAUAAAUCGUGACCACAUACCGACACAGGAAACGGCAAAGAACUGGAAUCAUUUAAAGCCAAUCACAAACGAACUACCACCUCUUCUCAGUUGUGAAGUGGGCUUGCUUAUUGGCUAUAACUGUCCUAGAGUACUAGCUCCUAGGAAAGUCAUACUGGGUAAAGAUGAUGAGCCUUACGCCAUUCUAACUGACAUAGGAUGGAGUAUUAUAGGCUGCUCCACACCAGGAUUUCGUGAAUCCACAAUCAGUCUUUGUCACAGAAUAACCACGAAGGAGAUGCCAACUUUGACGCCUUUAGAGGCAAUUCAUGUUCUUGAAUCAGAUUUUAAGGAUGUCGCCACGGAUAACGCAACAGUUUCACAAGAAGACAUUAUGUUUCUAGAUAAACUCAGGGAAGGCAUAAACAAAAACGCUCAAGGACAUUAUGAAAUGCCCCUUCCAUUUAAACAAAGACCAUUCUUACCUGACAACAGAGAGCUUGCCAUUGUCAGACUCAAUCAUUUGAGCAGAAAAUUCUCUAAGGAGGAGAAAUACAAGUCAGACUACAUUACUUACAUGAAUGACAUCAUUGAAAGAGGUGAUGUAGAAAUUGUGAAUGAUGAUGGAAUUAAUGGGGAAAAAUGGUAUAUACCCCAUCAUGGCAUCUACCACCCAAAAAAGCCAGACAAAUUACGUGUCGUGUUUGAUUGUUCAGCGAAAUAUAAAAACACCAGUCUCAAUGAACAUCUGCUAACAGGACCUGACAUGAUAAAUAACCUCACAGGUGUCCUCCUAAGGUUUAGAAAGCAUCCUAUCGCUGUAACAUGCGAUAUUGAGAAAAUGUUCCAUCAAUUUCAUGUCCCAGAACGUGACCGUGAUUAUCUGCGCUUCCUAUGGUGGACAAAUGGCGACACACAUUCAAUACCUCAAGACUACAGAAUGAGAGUACACCUUUUUGGUGCAGUGUCUUCGCCUGGUUGCGCAAACUAUGGCCUAAGACAUAUAGCUAAUGAGUACAGUCUUUCACACCCACUGGGUGCACAAUUCAUCACCAGAGAUUUUUAUGUUGAUGAUGGAGUGACAAGUGUAGAGACGGUGGAAAGGCCAUUCAGUUAACAAAAGAA